AUGACAUCAACACAGGAAGGCCUGCCCCGGCCAUGCGUGGCUCUGCCGCAGGGAAAGAUCGAAGGGUUUGUGCAAACAGAUCAUUUCCCACAGCCGGUAGAGUGCUUCUUGGGAUUCCCGUACGCCGAACCUCCUGUAGGAGAUCUUCGAUUCCGACCACCAGUCAAGGUCAAACCUUCGAACAUAACGAUUGAGGCCGUUGCGUAUGGGAAAGCAGCUCCAGGGAAACCUCUCAUACCUCCUCGCAUCCCACUUGUUUAUAGCGAGGAUUGCUUGACGGCCAAUGUCAUUAGGCCCAUUCGCAGACCGGGUGAUACACAACUCCUGCCGGUGGCGGUCUACAUCCAUGGUGGAGCUUUCAAUCGAGGACAUUCGUCCUCGCAAAACACUGCCUCCAUGGUUGCUUGGUCUGAGGAACCUUUUGUAGCGGUCUCGUUCAAUUACAGAAUUGGCGCCCUCGGCUUUCUAGCAUCGUCCAAAGCGGCAGAGGAAGGCAUUCUCAACCUGGGUAUGCAGGACCAACGCCUCCUUCUGGACUGGAUACAAGAGAACAUCUAUCAUUUCGGUGGUGACAAACACAACGUGACUUUGAUCGGGCUUUCUGCCGGGGCUAUCACCAUUGGUCAUUUUAUGCUCCACUACAGUGACCGAAACCCUGGUCCGUUUCACAGGGUCAUCCUGGAGUCUGGGUCACCUACUACGAGGGACUGCAGGGCAUACAAUGCAGAGAUCAAUGAAAAGUACUUCAACGAAUUCCUGGGUCGGGCCGGGUGUCCACAAGACCUCCCGGCUACAGAUACUUUCAAAUUUCUUCGCGCCCUGCCUCUGUCCACCAUCAUUGACGCCCAAGAAGCCGUCUUCACAAAGUACAAGCCUACCAUGCAGUGGGCUUUCCGUCCGGUCAUAGAUGGAGAUCUGAUCCCUCGCCCGCCGAUCGAAAGCUGGAAGUCCGGUCAAUACUACAAAGUGCCGAUUAUGACGGGCUACUGCACCAACGAAGGGUCUUUGUAUGUGGAUCGGCAGCUGUCCAAGUCCAGCCAAUUCACCGACUUCAUGCGAACCUUGCUCCCUGGCCUACCCAAAGAGGACAUUGACCGGUUGAACGAGUUGUACCCUGAUCCGUCUCUGGGAUACCCGGAUUAUGAAGACAAGAGAGUGGGUAAUGACAUCGGCACGCAGUAUAAGCGCACCGAGGCAGCGUAUGGUCAGUUCGCGCUAAUUGCGCCCAUCCGACAGACGGCGCACCUUGCAUCGUCAAUUCCUGGAAGCCCACCGGUCUACUUAUGGCAUUGGGACGUAUUUACCACACUCUACGGUGGCGCUGCCCAUGGAGACACUGCGAGGUACGAAACUUUCGACCAUGCCACGACAUCAUUGUCUCCCGCACAAAAGGAGGUGUCUGGCAUGUUUCACGCGUACAUGAUUAGUUUCAUUUGCCACAAGGGUGAUCCAAACAAGAUACAAGGGGCCUGGAGGCAUCGACCGAUAUGGCAGCCAUAUACUCAUGACCAGCCUUUCAAGAUGAUUCUAGGAAAGGGGAAUAGGGAGCUGAUAGGGGGUCCGGCCGGUACACCAGCCGAGUUGACAUAUGAGACCGAAGCUCUAGAGCAAUGCAAGUUUUGGUGGGACAGAACCGAAAUCACGCAGCGAUAG